GGAGGGGAGAACAUAGAAGCCUACAACACCACCCUGUGUGUACUAAACAUACCCAACCCCAGCUUCAAGAUGCAAACUUUUCUACUGCCGGCAGGUCGUUGUGGCAGUACACUCCGGUGGACGCCGUUGACAGUAAACAAACCCUCACUAUCCAACCUCCACCGACCUCAUUCCGCCCUCAAUUCUACUCAUUCAUCGCCGCUUUCCUUUACACUAUUUUCGCACCACAUUAUUCAUCCAUAUCAAAUCAGAAACCCUAAUCAUCUCCCUUCGGCUGCCUUCAAUUCCGCCAGUGAAGUUUCCGACAAAGCAAAACUUACUCAGGUUGCAAAGAGAUUAGAGAGUACUUCAAGGUAUUUCAAGAGAUUGGGUAGCCUAGGGUUUUGGGGACAGCUUGUGUGUACAAUUGUAGCUGCGGUCAUUCUUUCGUUUUCGGUUGUGAUCACUGGGAAAAUCACAUCGCCAGCUACAUUCUAUGCUACUGCUGGUGGUAUUGUGGCUGCUUUCCUCUCGGUUUUCUGGUCUUUUGGGUAUAUUCGUCUUUCUGAUAGGCUUCGGAAGACCGCCAAUGACCCUUCAAAGGCUCCUCCGCGCGCUGAUGUUGUAAAGAGCUUGAGAAAUGGGGUAGCCCUGAAUCUUUUGGGUAUGGGGGCUGCCAUUCUCGGGAUGCAAGCCACCGUCGGACUACUAGUGGCUAAGGCCCUCACCACCUCAGCUAACCCUUAUUACAAGGGUAUAUCUCCCGGGAGUAGCCCUGUUCUUGCUUUGGAUAUUUUCUUGGUCCAGGCGAGUGCAAACACGAUCCUGUCACAUUUUCUGGGACUCGUGUCCUCUUUGGAGCUUCUUCGUUUCGUUACAGUUCCGCCUUCAGAUAGUAUCGCGGUUUCUGGGGCAGCUUAACUCAUGAUUCUUGCUUGAUGGUUUUUAGGUCUUAAAAUUCCACUUUGUAGACAUUUUGCAGUGUGGUUCAACUAGAGAAUUUAUAUGUUUUUUGAAUCAUUAUGUACCAAUCCUUUCUCAAAAGAAUAUUCCUUCUAUGUUAUAAUUUUUUUUAUCUUUCUACUACUAUUUUUGUAUAAUUUUACUACAGUUUUUCAUUUAUAAUAUCAAAAAGUUGUAUUGCUGUA